AUGUCGAAACGUCCACCCACUACAGACGUCCCGGAUCAGCUUGGCCUGCUCAGGGACCUAUUCGACGAGUUACGGGAUUUGAGCGAUGACAAAGAGAGCGACGACGAGCCAUACUCUCCGUCUUACCGAGAACACGAGGACUCUCUCGAGCCGUCAGUCAAGCCUUUUUUUUCCAGAGGCAGCGAUUCCUCAGUGGAACGGCUAUCACAGAUCCUUGAUGAAUUUUCCAGAAGCCGUGCUUCUCAGGAAGAUACGCCAGGGGUCGUCAGCUGUGCAGGAGAUUCGAGUUCUUCAGGUACCGCUGGUAGUUCAUCGCCCGACAGUACCAACGCGACCCAGCUUUCAACUGCGUCUCAUAGCAACAGCAAUAUUGGCAAUAAGCGAGGUCGCGAUAAGCAGGACGACUGGCAAGACGAGGAUGGCGAAAGACGGCCCAACCAGCGUCGGAGUCAAGAGGCAGAUGUCGCGACCUCGAGUGACAACAAGUACUGUGAGCGGAUUCAAUGUAUUAGCGAGGGCUGCCGGGGACUUACGCCCAGCAUUUCCGAAUGGCUGUACGCUUUACAUCCAUGGCUCUUUUGUGACGAAGCUGACAAUUUUGACAGGAGAAAGCUCGAAAGCUGUCACGGCAUUUUCUUGUGCUCGCGCUGUUGGCAGACGAAAGGCGCGACGAGGUUGGAAGCCCGGGACCACCAAUGCUUCGAGUCGCUAUGCGUAUGCACGAAGGGCCAACCCGCUCUCGAAAAUGGUUUGGGAUUACCUCCAGUCUCUCACAGGAAGACGCCACACUCCUGCGAGGAAGGCAAGAAAGCGCUGAAAGAAGCACAGUACAGCUAUAUUUGUCGCUUGCUCAGAGUUCCGGAGAGAGAAUUCGUCUUCAGCAAGAAAGUGUGGCAUACCAACGAGAAGUCUCGGAAGACAGAGCGCAGCAGGAAAGAAAUUGAGCAAGACAUUGCCACUCUCUUACAAAGAAGCCAGCAGAGCUACGCAGACAUCGAGAAACAACUUGCUACCGCGCGGCAGGAAAUUAAGAAGCUGAGGAGCAACGCAAAGGGAUGCGAGGUCGUCAUCCUGCAGUUUGCCGAGCGUCUCUGCGAACACCGGAAUGCCGUGGGUGUACCACGGUCUUGCAGGAUGUUGAUCGCCGAGCACGCCCCAGAUAUACUGGAGGUGGUCGACGGCUUGAAGCCAGCCCCGCCAUUGCAAUGCCAACCGCCGCCACCACAUAUAAUUCCGAAUGCUCCUCAGGGCCAACAACAACAGCCUCAAGCGGACGGCUUGGCGGAUAUGGACUGGCAGAACCUUGACUUUGACGAUUUCCUGAAUGGUUGA